AUGUUCGGUCAUCACGGACUCAAAGGUUAGUUACUAUUCGAGGAUAGAUUGACAAAAAAUGGGAAAUAGAAUUUGAAAUUUAAGAAGAAGACGCUUGUCUGGCGGAUCACGCUCUUCAAUCCAACUUUCCGAUGGAUCGUUUCACUAACAACCGGCCAUUGUUUCUCAAUGUUCUAAACUCUAACGAGGUUGUUGGCACCUGGAACGUUUGCACUGAAGAUUUGAUUCAAGUCCUUGGACUGUCUAGGUUUGUUUUUUAUUUUUUCAAAAAAUGUUCUUCAGCUCAUUCAAUGUUUUUUAGACGUUUCUCUGCAAACACAAAGAUGGUCUCUCUGAAUGGAACACGUGUCACGCUGGCCCAAUUCUACCGCGCAGACCAUCAAUUAGAGCUGAGAUACCCGAACGCGCCUCUUGUGACUCUUCAAACUGGUAUGGAUGUCAUUCGCCUCGAACUUGUUGGAUACCGCAUCAAUCGACUGCAAGAACUACUCGAUGCGCAAGCUGAAAACGACUACCUGUCGGAUGCUUCGUUUGUUGUUAAUGAUGAUGUCGAGCUGCCUGAUUUUGAUGAUAAUGACUUGUCAGACAAAGGAGACAAUAUUUAUUCAACUAAUAAAUUUGGUUUCAAAUAUCUUAGAAUACAAACUAUGAUGAUGAUGCUGACAGUCCAGAUCCAGAAUGCCUAA